AUGUCGCUUUUGGCACGUUCUAUUCUGUUCAAGUGUCGCUUGGGGUUUCGUGAAAAGCCGAGGUUUGAUCUACAGAUGUGGGGAGCUGUAAUGGGGUCAUCUAUUCUGAAUCCGGGGGCAAUUUUCUGUGGGCCGAAAGUGACGCAAGGACAAUGA